CCUCCUUCAGCCGCCCUCCCUUCACGCGCCUCCCCGGCUCUUUUUCCCCACUGCUGAGAGGAACAGGACGCGGCCACUACGGCGGGAAGCAAUGAUCCUCAAGCACUUCCCUUCGGAAAAAAAAGAAAGAAAAAAAACAGUUCACCAUCACAUACACAGAUGCCACCACAAGUAGCGACUCACAUCGUCUUAGAUCCCUCAUGGAGUAACCGGACAGAAACAUAUGAGGAUAUUUAAUCUUGAAUAAGACGUUCUUCUAUUUUUUUUCGCUAAAAUUAUGUGGCCUUGCUUCCUUACUUAUUUUUGCGUUUUGAAAACUCGUGUGUGCGGCUCGAACGAAAACGUUUUUUUUAAAUAGGUUUUAAUGUAUGCAUCAGAUUUUAUGUCAAAAAUGGUUCAAUAAUAAGACUAAAAUGUCAGGAAUGGAGUUUGGAGUAUUUUUUACAAAUCUAGCUUGGUGUUUGGCCACUGAUGGUACUCUGGAAGUGUGCGCCAGCGUUUGCGCCCUUCGCAAAAGACAGUAAGAAAAUCUUCAGUGUCUUUUCGGCCCGAUAUUGCGGUGAAGUUAGUGAAUGGGACUGUUGGUAGCAGCUGUCAAAGUCAUGGGAUCCUCCUGCCCCCGGGCCGCCUGGGAGCGCCUUUCAGCUCUCCACUGCGCAUGAGCAGGCUUUGGACAGCUCCAGAGAGGGAAAUUUAAAAACGGUUUUUUGGGGGAGAAUCAAGUGCUGCACAGUGGAAUACAGUAAAUGGUCUCCCGGAGGAUCCAUCCAAACAUUCUUCCAAUAUCAUCGAAAACAGGUAUCAAAUAUCCCAGGAAAUGAUAGAAGGUGGAAUUACAUCCAGGAUGUCAGGAAUAAUUGAGGAUACUGGCCAUCAUCCGUCUCCACAAGACUAUAGGCUUCUGACCACAGACCCCUCCCAACUUAGGGAGGAGGACCUCCCUGGGGAUCUGCAGUCUCUAUCAUGGCUCACCUCGGUGGACGUGCCCCGACUACAGCAGAUGGUGGAUGGCUGUGGCCACAGUACUGGUGCCUCCCAGGGCAGCUUGUUGCAGCAACAGACAGCCCAACUGAGCAGCAUGGCCAUGACAGGAGGUCAGCCCUCCAUGCUCCACCUGCAAAGCAACAUGCAGCACAGCCCACUGGGAAUCAGCAUCAUCAACACCCACAGCGGAACAAUGUCUCCAUUCUCCAUGAAUGGAAUGCCCUCACCAGGGUACCAGUGUCCUACCUCCGUUUACCAGUCAGCACCACAGCAGGUGUACUCGCUAACUCAAACUGGACAACAGUGCUCAACAGGCGGACUGUACAGCGACGUCUCUUUCAACAACCAAAGUCUAUUUUCACAACCUCGCCUGGCGCCACAAGAACAAGACCUGCAGCCAAAAUGUUUCCCGAAGCCCAUCUACUCCUACAGCUGUUUGAUUGCCAUGGCUCUGAAGAACAGUAAAACUGGGAGCCUUCCAGUCAGCGAGAUCUAUAGCUUUAUGAAGGAACACUUUCCUUAUUUCAAGACGGCCCCGGACGGAUGGAAGAAUUCCGUUCGACACAACUUGUCUUUAAAUAAAUGUUUUGAGAAAGUGGAGAACAAGACAAGCAGCUCAUCCCGAAAGGGUUGUCUGUGGGCGCUGAACCCAGCCAAAAUUGACAAGAUGGAGGAAGAGAUGCAGAAGUGGAAACGCAAAGAUCUCCCCGCCAUCCGCCGCAGCAUGGCGAAUCCAGAUGAGCUGGACAAACUGAUCACGGACCGCCCAGAGAACUGCAGGCGGAAGGCAAUCGAACCAGUCAUGACCCGGCUGCCCAACUGUCCAACGGGCCUUUCGCUGACGGCCCAGAUGCAGCAGCCCCAGCCCAUCGUGACCCUCUCCCUGCCGUGUUUACCGAUGCACCAACACCAUCAGAUCCAAGCCCAGCUGCAGGCCCAAGCCCGCUCUGCACCGAUGUCCCCGGCCCCAGCCCAAACUCCUCCCCUCCACGCGGUGCCCGAACUCUCCCACAGUCCGCUAACUCAGCAACCCAGCAAGCCCCCGGACGACUUUUACAGCGUUCACGUUGAUAGCCACACAGAGGUGGAUGCACUGGAUCCCAGCAUCAUGGAUUUUGCCUUCCAAGGUAACCUGUGGGAGGAAAUGAAGGACGAAAGCUUUAACCUGGAUGCAUUGGGCACCUUCAGUAACUCCCCACUGCGACUAUCAGACUGCGAUUUGGCGACCAGCCUCCCUCCUACUGCCUCCAGCGGAGCAAACCUGCCACUGUCAGACGUCCAAGUGACGGGCCUGUACACUUCGUACACAUCACAGGAGACCCUCUCCUCCCAGUGCAUGGGCUCACCAGCCAGCAGCAAACCCAUCAUCCUUCUUUAGAGCAAUACUACUCUUCAACAGAGAUGACUUUUUAAGGAUGAUAUCUGACGGGAUACCAACCGGAGACAUUCUUUUGUACAAAUCAGCUGGGAGAUUUCAAAAAUAGUUUGUGAAGUCCACAAGAAAACUGUUCACGAAGAAGAAAAAAAAGAGGCAGCAGAAAAGCAUUUAAGACUUCACAAUAUCGAUCUUUGCUAAGCAAAGCCUCCAAGAUGCCAGUGGAAGUACACACAAUACUUUGUGGAGGAAAUGCCGAGUUUUUCUACUGCUGACUCUGUGUUUGAAAGCCCUUCGAUAACUGUAGUUCCGUCCCUUGUCUGCUGUAAUUGUGAUCAACAUUAUUGCUGUGUUGUUUUAUUUAUAUUUAUACAAAAAAAGGCAGCUGGGGAUUAUGACUGCACGUCACCUUUUGCUGUAUAUAUUUGAAUGUUCAAAUGGCUAUUACCACAGAAAAGUUUUCUUUUGACUGCAUUUAUCCAACUCCAUUCCAAAAGGCUGACAUGUGCUAUCACUUUGUAAUUCUGAUUUGACACCUCAAAUAUGCGAUUAACAUGUUGGAUGGAAUAUUAGAUGUGUAUUAUGUUCCAUUAAAAAACAAAGCAAAACAAGUUUCUUUUGCCAAAAAUAAAUUGGUGGUAUUUAUUAACACAUUUGUUGACAAAAUGACAAAGGAGAGCUUAUAUACAUUUAUGUGAAAUGAUGGACCAGUAGAUGGAGACAAUUACAUGAAGGCCCUGUCAUAAACAAAUGCACUCAAACAAAAUUCUAGAUGUCUGCAUUUGGUACAUUUAUCACUGAUUACACCUUUUUAAUAGUGAUGAAAUUUGAAAUGCGUCGGUUUUUUUUUUUGGUUUUGUU